CACCACCUCCCGUUUGUGAGACCGAGCCGCCAUCUUAUCGCGCCGAGGAGGAGAAGAGCAGCAGCAGGCAGAUAUGGCAGACUACAGCAACGUGGCUCCCCCGUCCUCAAACGCCGGUGGCGGCAUGAACGACGCUUUUAAAGACGCUCUGCAACGAGCACGACAGAUCGCAGCAAAGAUUGGCGGGGACGGAGUUGCGGCACCCCCGACGAACGAGUUCGGCUACGGGGGCCAGAAAAGGCCCCUGGAGGACGCUGGUGGGUAUUUUCCCAUGCCUAACCUGAAUAUCGACCAACCAGAGACAAAGAAAGUGGCUACAAAUGAUGCCUUUUCAGGUAUCGGAGGAAUGGCUGGUCCCCCAAGGUCAACAUCAGAAGAAUUCAAGGUCCCAGAUGGCAUGGUUGGCUUCAUUAUUGGAAGAGGAGGUGAACAAAUAUCACGUCUCCAGCAGGAGUCUGGGUGCAAAAUACAGAUUGCCCCUGACAGCGGAGGGAUGCCAGAUCGGUCGGUGACAUUAACAGGACUACCAGAAUCAAUCCAGACGGCAAAGAGGCUACUAACAGAGAUCGUUGAGAAGGGGCGUCCGGCCCCAGCGUUCCACCACAACGACGGCCCAGGAAUGACUGUUCAGGAAAUUAUGGUACCUGCUUCUAAAGCCGGCCUUGUCAUUGGCAAGGGAGGAGAAACCAUCAAAAGCCUUCAGGAACGAGCUGGAGUGAAAAUGGUCAUGAUCCAAGAUGGACCCCAAAACACAGGUGCAGACAAACCACUACGCAUUUCAGGAGAACCUUUUAAAGUUCAGCAAGCCAAAGAGAUGGUGAUGGAGCUGAUUAGAGAUCAGGGCUUCAGGGAGCAGAGGGGCGAGUACGGUUCAAGGAUCGGCGGAGACAGCUUAGAUGUUCCCGUCCCACGUUUUGCAGUAGGAAUUGUUAUCGGGAGAAAUGGAGAAAUGAUCAAGAAAAUUCAGAAUGACACAGGUGUCAGGAUUCAGUUCAAACCAGAUGAUGGCACCACACCAGACAGGAUAGCGCAGAUCAUGGGUCCCCCUGAUCAGGCUCAGCAUGCGGCAGAAAUCAUUUCCGACCUGUUGCGGAGUGUCCAGGCUGGAGGACCUCCAGGGCAUGGAGGUGGCAGGGGACGCGGUCGCGGUCAGGGCAACUGGAACAUGGGCCCCCCUGGUGGCCUCCAAGAGUUUACCUUUACAGUCCCGACCAUGAAGACUGGUCUGAUCAUUGGGAAAGGUGGUGAGACAAUCAAGGGCAUCAGCCAGCAGUCAGGAGCCAGAAUCGAGCUUCAGAGGAAUCCUCCACCCAACGCUGACCCCAACAUUAAGAUGUUUACAGUCAGAGGGUCUCCUCAGCAGAUUGACUACGCCCGGCAACUAGUAGAGGAGAAAAUUGGGGGACCUGUCACUCCCAUGGGUGGCCCACAUGGCCCUCCUGGCCCACAUGGAGGACCAGGUCCACAUGGUCCUCCAGGACCACCCGGACCCCCUGGCGCUCCCAUGGGUCCAUACAAUCCUGGACCAUACAACCAGGGCCCACCCGGACCACAUGGUCCUCCUGCUCCGUAUCAGCCUCAGGGAUGGGGCAACGGCUACCCACACUGGCAGCAGGGCCAGCCCGAUCCAAAUAAAGCAGCAGCGGAUGCCAACGCAGCAGCAUGGGCAGCGUACUACGCCCAGUACGGCCAGCAGCCGCAGGCUCCCAUGACCCCGACCAGCGGAGCGCCUGGCACCAGUCAAGCCAACGGCCAAGGUGACCCACAGGCUGCAGGUCAGAGUGGACAGGCAGAUUACACCAAGGCCUGGGAGGAAUAUUACAAGAAAAUGGGUCAACAGAGUCAGCAACCUCAGGACUACACGAAAGCCUGGGAGGAGUAUUAUAAGAAACAAGGUCAAGCGGCCCCUCAGGCCACAGCGGCAGCGGCUGCCUCUCAACCCGGAGGCCAGCCAGACUACAGCGCGGCCUGGGCGGAGUACUACCGGCAGCAGGCCGCUUACUACGGCACGGCCAACCCACAGCCGAUGGGCGCGGCACCACAAGCUCCCCAGGGCCAGUAAUGUGAAGUGGACAUAAAGUAAAUGCUACAUUGUCGAAACAAAAUCCUUUGUUAAAUGUUUGGAUGCAGACGCCUUGAUGAAGAUCUUAAAUUUCCUUGGUUUGAAAGUGUUUCACAUAGAUGGCAGAUUACCCGGCGAACACGUCCUCUUUGAUUUUUCUUUUUUCUUUUCUUUUUGUUAUUCUUUUUUUUUUCUUGUAAAUGCUUUGUUUUUAGUGAGGUAAUUAUACAUAUGGUCAUUCCAGCCCUGUAUCUACAUUAAAUGUGGUUAGAAGUCAUGUUUAUUAAACUGUAGACAUUACCAUGUAAAAUCAUCUCAGUUUUAAAAAUUGCUCUUGCCUGUUGUGUUUUUUUGCAAUAAAACAAACUGAAACCUCCUGUGUUGGUAAGUUGGGGUGGAGAUGUAUUUCUGUAUGAUUGUUUUUGUUUUACCGUGAGGCCGCUGAGCAAGGGGGGGGGGUGUAAGGUGGGGUGGGCGUUGUAGUUUGAACUGAUUGUCCAAAACCAAAUUGUGCUGUCCUGUCUCUCUCCAACUGUCUAUAAGACUCGUAGUCACAUUACUUGCGUGCAGUGAUGCCGGGUGGUUCAGACUUCUUGUUAUUUAUAUAUUUCAUAUUAUUUCUGACUCUAGCAAGUAGAAAAAAUGUUUGUCACGAGAAAUCCGACGGGUAUCUGUGUGUCGUGAUCUCAUGCAUUACCUGCGUUGCUGUGGCACUCCUUCUCACUUUUUGCAUUGGUUGCUGAUAUUGUUGAGGUGUAGUUUGCACUGUAUAUACAUAUAUAUUUUUUUGCUGCCUCCCUUGAUAGUCACUUCCUCCUCCACAGGCAAGUUUAGAAAAGCGGUAAGCCAAGUAUCCUUCUCAACAUGCGGUUCUAAGAAAUGUUGCAUAUUUUUAGUGUUAUAUAUCCAUCUACCUUUUGUGCUGUUCUUUUUCCAGGACAGUGAGGUAAAAUUGUUUUGAAAAGGAGAGAGGGAGAGAAAAAAUGCAUUGAAACUUUUGUCUUGCCCAAUUGUGAACUCACAUGUUUACACUUGUCUUUUUUUGAAAAGAAUGUUUUUAAAAAUAUAAAACAAUGCAACAAAAAGUGGUAGAUGUUGUAGGGUCUGGGGGUGGCUAAGCAGUCGGCAUCCAUCAGUUGAGCCCUCCUGUAAUGUAAGUACAAAAAAACCUGUGAUUUGACUUUGAGAAAGAACGCUUUAUAAACUGCCAACGAUGUAGUAUUUUUUUUUAUUUUUUUCUCAAAUAUUGCCCUUUCCCCUUCCCCCCUCCCUCCUUUGUCUUUGGGUAAGUAUGAAAUGUUCUCAGGAGAGGCUUAGCGCUUCAGAAUGUGAUGAUUCUUGUACCACAUGUUUCUGAGAUUCUCUUUACUCAGUCUCCUGUAGAUUGUUUGUGUAGGUAGUUGGAUUUCUGAACUGAGGUCUGUUACACUGCUGGUAGGAACUGUUUAAGGAUGUCCAUGUUGGGGUUUUUUGCGUUCUGAAUAUUUGCCAACGUGCCAUUGUGUAGUUGAUGUCUUUUUAAAAACAAAAUGCCAUUCAUUGCAAUAUAUUUGCUUAGAAAUCUCCUGCAUAACUCCAGCGUAGCAUGCUUAGGUUUCUGCUGAUAAUCUCUCUCUAAUAUGUCCUUUAUAAUAAGCAUGUGGAAUGCUAGUAGUGGAAGUGCUGCUGAUUAGCUCAAUAUUGAUGAUUUUUUUUCUGAAUGAGCACUGCUGUGAAAGGCUGUUAAUGUUAAAGUCCAAACGAUCUCUUUGACUGCAUUGUUCACUGACGGCAAAGAGUGCAAUAUAUACAUACAUAUAUAUAUAUAUCUGAUCUUUGCAGUGUCAUCCCAGACCUUGCACCUUAGGUUCUGCUGCAAUAACACAGGUAAGCGAAACCUAAGGAAAACCAGUGUUUUUGUCCAGUGACAUACAUGCAAACAAAUGCUUACCUGUGUCAUUAAACAAAAAGAAAAUGUCCAAAAAAUUCACAGCCCAUUUUUUUUUUCCAUGAAUGAACUGCAUGAUGUGAAGUUUUGACAAGUGAAAAGGUUGUUGCAUAGGAGGUAAUGUUGUCGAAUCUGCUUAAUAUGAUAAUAGCCUCUAUAUUUGCACCCUGGUAAGUCUGAAAGUGACUGUAUGUCGAUGCUUUAGAUUGACACUGGUGUAAAACUGCAUGCUAAACUGCUAGGUCAAAGAAACAAAACGGUUCAAUACAUGAUUUUUAAUAUUUUUUUUCCUGUCGUGGUGUGAAUCUGCCCUCAAGUGCAGUGCAAAUCUGCUAUUGAAACGCCUUCACUUCUCGCUCACAGUGUUGGAGGAUGCUGCAGGCUUAGGUCGUAGAAUCAGGCCCGUGUCGUAGUUUGUCCCCCCCCCUACACACAAAAGGAGGAAUCCUUUGAGUCUAUCCUGCUGCUGAACGUAGACCGUUCAAGAGCUCCAGUGAUAAGGUAAAAAACCCAAAAAAACAGCAACCCAAUGAAAUUUAAAUUCUUUGAUUGCAAAAAGUGUUGGUUAGAUUUGUUUUUGCUGCCCGGUUUGACUUGUCUCUUUUUAACCAUGAUGCCAUAGUUUGUUUAGAGUUGUCUGAAAGUUGUUUUUAAUCGCUGUGAAUGCCUUCAUAAGUAACUUUCAGCAGACAGGAAUGUGCUUUAGAAAGUUGGACGAGGACAGGAACUUUGGGGUUUAUCAGUUUAAAACACUUCUGUAGUCAAAAAGGUCACUCACUGUUUGUUUGGGGCUGUGCACACGUGAGACACUCAGUGUUUCAACACAGAGUUCGAGGGGUGUAGAAGACUAAACAAGGAGCAUGCCUUAGAGGUAAUCAAGGUUUCAUGUGCUGUGUAUAAUCUAUUGGUUUGUUUCUUGAAUUUAACUGUUUUUGGUUUUGAAAUGUUGCCAUGUUCAUUAAAGUUGUAACAAAUAAACUGGA